AUGUGUAAAAAUGAACCGAAAUGUGCUCAAUGUGAUGGUAAUCAUCACUCAUUAGAUAAUCAAUGUCAAGUUAUAAAAGAAUAUAAAGAUCAAUUAAAAGAGGAUGUUGAAGAUGCGAUACAAAAAGGAUUAUUACAGCGAUUAUCACUGCAAGAAAAAUCACCUAUGUUCGAAUUUCGUGAUCAAGAUUUUCCACCAUUAACAACAAGUGAUAAUCAUUCUAACAAACGAUGGAAUAUUGCGUUACCACAUACAACUGUCGAGUCGAAUUUUUUACGUUCAUCUGAUACAGAAAAAGCAUUUGAAUCAAUCAAUGAUAAUCUGACAAAGCUUAUCGAUAGUAACAAACGACUAGAGAAUAAAAUCGAUCUAUUAUCAACAAGUACGAAAACCGUUACGCUCGACACUCAGCUACAUCAAGCUGUUCUAGCAGAUAUCAUCAACAUUAUGAAAGAUUUUGUUCAAUAUUUUAUACCAGCAACGUUAACUUCUGGCAAAAGUGAAAGAAUAUCGUUGGUGCCUGUGGCGAACGAAUACUACAGUCGCUUUCAUUUUGGGUCCUCAAGAUUAAUAAAUGGCUUCCAAUUAAAUCACCAGGUUCAAUUGAUUCCAACUUCCCAUAAUAAUAACAUCAUUAAAACCGAUCAACACAGAACGCUAAGUAGAACAUCAAAUCUUGAUGUACUCGCUAAAGCUUUUUUUCCUGCUUUGCAUAAUUAUUUACUUAAUCCUAGAGAUGAAGCUAUGCACCGGCUGAAAACUUGGAAUUUUUCAACUAAAGAUCAGAAAUUAGUACUAUCUCUGUUAGACGAAUGGUACUCAGGUAGAACCUUGAAUACUGUCUUAGAGGAAUGGGAACAGGUUGGAAUAGCUUCCUUACGAAAUCAAAAAGAAUAUAUAAAGAUUUUAUGCUAUAAUGUCGAAGGUUGGGGCACUCGCGCAGUUGAAGCUAUUGAUUUAGCGCAUGAAGUUCAAGUGUCUGUUUGUAUUUUUACAGAAGUAGGAGAGUUGUGGAGCACAUGUCGAUUACCACAUUUUAACAAGUUCUAUCAAAAAGAUACUAACAAGAAUGGAGGAGUAUGCAUAGCAGUAGGGAAGCAUCUGAAAGCGACGCGCAUCGAGGUUAACAUUCCGAACACGGUUAUUAUUGAUAUAACAGGACUAUUGGAGCCAGUUCGUAUCAUUGGUAUUUACUGGCCCACUAGUCAACAGCGUGAUCUAGAUGAAAUUCAGCCGUUUGUAAUAGAAGGUACCAUUCUAUCAGGCGACUUUAAUGGAACUGUGAAAGAAUGGAAUAGUCAAAUAACUGAUAGAAGAGGCGCGAGCGGAAGUUUUUAUGGAAGUAGAUGUGAAAAUUCGAAAAGUGAAAUUGAUGUUAACGUUGAUGAAGAAACAUUUGAACAAACGACGGCUAUGUUUAUACAUUUUAUUACUGUAUUUGAAAAUGUUCAACAUCAACGUAUAACAACACUGAAAAAGAUGAAAUAUGACGAAAGUACAAUAGAACUUUUUGUCACUCAUUCAUUUCAUAUUGUCAUUGGUGAAUUACUCAAUAAAAGUUAUUAUUUACUUGUAUCAAGAGAAGCAUCUAUUGAAUCAGAAUACAUCCAAACUGAAUUUUUGCCAAAUCACCGAUGUAUUUUUUUACGUGAGUUAUUGAACAAAACUUUUCGUUCGUAUCCUCGCCUUCGCCGUAUCAAAUAUUAUCCUCUUUUAUGUCGAAAAAAUCAACAACUGAAAUGUUUCUAUGAUGAAAACUACAUGUGUAUAUGUGAUUUAGAUCGAUUUUCGAAUUGUUUCACAUUCCAUCAUUCCAGCACUUACAAUUGCCAAGAUCACAAUGAUUGUGAGAACGGUGGUCAAUAUUUUCAAGGCAAUGCUACAUGUCCGAGUGUAAUGUAUGAGUUUGUCCGGAAUGUUAUUACGGAGCGAAGUGUCAAUUUUCAACCAGUGCUUUACGUAUUGUCCCCUUUAACACCUAUAGCACAUCUGCAUAUUCGUCUGCAUCGCCAAUUGAUUGAUGAUAAUGAUCUUGUUGAACAACGAACAUGGCGUUUCGUUCGAUGUUCUUAUUCAAUCAAUAUUUUCAAUUCAUUUAUUAUUCUCUGUCAUUUCCUUAUUCCGUUUACUAUCAAUUUAAUUUCUACUAUAUUCAUUAUCAUUUUUAUAGCUCGUUCUCGGUUUAAUCUACAACCCGGAAUCACAUUUACACAACAUUUAGAAUUAAAAUUCAAACAAAAUAAACAUCAUUUCAUAGCAUCUUGUGCAUUGGUGUUAUUAGCAUUGCCACGUUUGAUCACAUCGUUGACUAGAGGAUGUAUGAAAACACCACGGAAUUCAUGGUUAUUUCUUUUCGGUUAUUUAAUUUCAUUUUUAUCAUCGACGAUUAAAUUUUUCGCCUAUAUUUUACCUUGGAAAAUCUACAAAGAUGAAUUCAAAAAUGUCAUGAAAACAAGCAUGAGAACAUUGCGCAUGACCAACAUUCGUAAGCAUUUGUUUCAUGAUUUGACUGGCUUAAACUAA